AUGUCAUCCCACCUCCUGUCCGAAUUGGGCAGCAAAUCUUCAGGAAUUUCCUCUUCUCGCGCUCUCCACCUGCUAUUUCCUGCCAAGCGGCAUCCCUCCGCCUCUCUAGCACUGAAGACGCAAGAAGAUGGCGUGUGCGAGUUCUGGGCCGUCAUCCCCGUUGCGUAUCCUAUUCCGAGCGAUGGCCCGGUUGGAAGCCUCCUUCGCAGCUUGCACACAUCAUGGCCAUCUACACUGCCUAUGUUCCUGUCUGCCGGAGACGACCCCAUUGUAGGACUGCGGCCGGGCAUACCUUGCAAUGCAGAACUGUUCCAAACCCGAACGAGACUGGACACCUUCCCGUAG